GGCAAGUACUAUCCGUUCGCUAUGCCGGAACGUGUUGCGGGUCGGGUCACGGGUAUAGGUUUGUUGUGAGAGAGUUGGGGAUACGGCCCGGUUGGAGCUGUUUACCUGACGAUGAGCAGAGCAGUUGCAGCUUUGCUCCAUCUUGGUGUGGACAUUCAGGAAUGGUGAUUGAACUGAUAUUCUUCAAGAAAUAAUCAGUCUCAUUGAUGAAUCAAAAGUAACAAAGACUUUCCCAAUGGAAAAUUUGAGUAAUAAGAAGGUGCUUUCAGUCAGCUUCGACAGUGCAAAGGAGGAGGACUGUCACUCAAGCUACUCAUCAGAUUUGCAAAAAGAAAAUGUACCAACAAAUGCAUUCACAUUCUCUAUGGUGCUGAGCAACUUGGGAAGCCCGCUUCCUGUAGAUAAGCCAAAUUUUGGGGGAAAUGCAAACUAUAUAACUCCCGAUAAGGGUGAAAGGGAAGCAAAAGCAACCUGUGCAAUGGACAGCCCAUCUACACCAUCUAAAGACUUUUCUGUUCUGACAGCAGCUGAUUUUGGAAUUACACCUGAAACUUUUACAAAACCAUCAGGAGAGACAAAAAGCAUAUUGAAAAAAUUAAGACGGCAAUCUACAAUUGGAGUACGGGGUUCUCCAGAAAACAAUGCUCUUAUCAGGUACAUUGCUCACCGAAAGAGAAUGAGGAAUGAAGAUUCUCACUCACAAACCACUCCUUUUCAACGGAAUGUUUUAUUGAAGGAUAAAAUAGCUUCCUUCCAAUCAUCCUUUGAUCCACUUAAAGAGGAUGCAGAAGAAAUUAUCCAUAUACCCUGUACCUCUAAGAAAGCUGACACAAGAUCACAUGAACAAUCACAACUGGACCAAGUGGCACCAUCAGAAUAUAAGGCAGUUGGUCUUGAGGAAACCCUAAACUGUAAAUCCACCAAAGGAGAAAAAAAUUCAGCUGAUAUCCAGAAAAUUCCAGUCGUGGACCCAAAUCCUAUAGAAUCUCUAAGUUUACCAUUGGAAGUUAUUCCGGCCGCAGGCAUCUCAAAGACAGCAAGUGGUAUCCAGUCUCAAAACAGUGAUGAAGAAUUAAAUAGCAAUGCCACGUCACAACAAAGCUGUAAGAAGGUCAGAUUUGCAGAGAAACACAGCUUGGAAAUAUUUGAUGAAACCAAGCCACCCUUUACCCCUCUGCAGAAAGGAUGCUUUCCUUCCACACAUCACGAUAGCUCAGGUCCUAAUUCUGUUCUGAAGAAGAAAACACCGGUAAAGAUGUUAACCAAAGACGUGAAGGAGCAACUUGAUUAUACCAAUACAAGAAAAGGAAGUGAAGAGCUGUCAAUCUUCCAAAGCUGUGGACCCCUACAAGCAGAAAGAAGUACCAGACCAAUAGAGGAAAUGGAGGCACGCAACAAAGAGCUAGACACAGAAGUAUUUGACACACUUCAACCUGUCGCUACUCCAGUGCAUAGUGGAGAAACGUCAUUCAGUCCAUCUAGAACAAGAAAUGAUUACUCUUUUAACUUAACUCCAAUCAAAAAACCUCUAUCCCAGCCAAAUUUUGACAAUGAUGAUGACUUUCAAGAGACAUUAGAGGUAGUCUCCACAGUGGAAUCUAUUGUGAACUCAGGUGUUCUAGCAGAUAAAGAAACAAAAGUAAGUUCUCCUGAUUUCCCAGCUACGUGCAUUAGAGUCACACGGUCCUGUGCUAAAAAGAAGGUCAACAAAGUAGAAGAAACGAGUGUCAGCCCUAUCAGAGAAACACAAACCAAAAGAGCUUGUACUACCGAUAAAAUCCCAAAUCCUAGAAAAAUCAAAAAUGUGAAUUCUGUAACAAAGUCUGCUUCUCAAAAAACACCUGCUUCUAAGCGCAAAGCAUUUGGAAGGAGGAAAAGGAAGAAGAAGGCCCAGAAAGUGUGUCAUGGACAUUGUGAAACUGUGUCUAAGAAGCCUCUCUUGAGUCCAAUUCCUGAGAUGAUGGAAGAUGUCUCCCUCACUUCAUCUUAUCAGAGCAUACCAGAUUCAUCAGUUUCCAUCUUAGAUCGUUCUUGCAGCAGCGUCACGCAUGAAACUCUUGAAAAGGUAAAUAGCAUCUUGCAUGGAACAGAAAAGGAUUCAAGGCUGAGUGCGGUGACAGAAGAUGCUUUAUCUGAAUUUGAAUCAUGCUCAUCCUUACAAUUGCAAGAUUCUGUUCUGAAUAACACACAGGUCACAUUUUCUUUGGAGCCACCUGGUAACGAUUCAUUCAAAACUUUAAAUGAUACCUUAAAUGGACUGGUGCUGAAAAGCAACAGUGAGAGUGAGAUAGAACUGGGAUUACUAAACUUGCAAGAAACUGGUAAAAAACCUCGUAAAGACGCUUCACUUCUCAGUGCAGAUUCUGCAGAAGAGCAGCUGAGUGGAGGUGACGUCUGUGUGAACGUUAAACGAGUUAAACGGAGGAGCAGAAGAAUCUCCCGCUACCUCCCCAGUGUUGAGGAUUUUCAGUCUGAAACAGCCAGAAACAGCCCCUCUGUUCCUAGAGAUAGUAUGGAAGAACUGUCCUGUACACCUCAGACAGUAAACAAUGCUGGAUUUUUCAAUGAUGUACUGUAUGCCAUAGAGGAAUCUUUCAAAAGUGCAACUCAAAAAAGGGUGAGACGCAGCAUGAGGUUGCUUAAAAAUGAAGAAAGUGAAGGCCUUACAUGGAUUUCAGUACCUACUGACGAUUCUGUGAAUCAGGCUGCAACAGGUUCUGCUUGCAGAAUGGAGAGAAAGUCAUAUACCUUCUGUCAUCCAGAAUCAGAGAUGCUUUAUCAAAAGGAAGAAAACUUGGUCCAGAGCCCCUCGCCAAUGACAGACAAGCAGAAAAGCCCUCAUACUGGAGUGAAGCGUUAUAAAUCAAAGAAAACAAGGAAGAGCAUUUGUUCCUAGUAUAAGUGAGAAAAUUAAAAUAGCAUCUCAUACAUACUGAACUGCAAGCCUUGAGUAUAAAAGCAAUCAAGUGCAAUCGAAAAAAUUCUAAACUGAAGAAAAUUUUUGGAGAUUUGUCCUACAAUUUAAUUUAGACAUUUAAAGGAGAAUAUUAAAAUUCCAUAUAGACUGCAUUUUUUUUUUAAAAAAGUGACCUUACUAGUUUGCAUGAAAAGCACUGGGUUUUCUUUCUUUUUUAAAAGAAAAUUUUAAGUGGAAAAGGAGAGCAGAAAACAGAACAGAAAAAAUUCCUAUAAAGAAGGCUUUGUUGGGAACUCACUCGUAAUGGAAGAUGUUUUAUAACUGUUUAACUCUCAAAACCCACUUGCUGUAACAUUGAAGGGUCCUAAUUUCAAACUGCAUAUGGAGAACUGCCAGAAAACUGACUGAUGCUUGGCUGGUGGUAGGAAAAUUAUGGGAAAUUCAAAAACUAGCUCAUAGUCAGUUUGACUAUGACAUUUAGGUAAUAUAGGAAGAGCUAUUCAACUUAAACUGCUAGUAUUUUGAGAGUUAUUGUCCUAUCAAUACAGAAUGGGGUAUUCUAGUUUUUGAGCUCUCUUUCUGAAAAUUCUUGGUCUUGUCAGCAGUAUUAAAGGGUUUUUUUAAAUUCCAUUCAUUGAAUGUUCUUUUCAGUUUAGUUCAGUUGAAUUCCACUUAUGUUUCUACAUGCUGUUAUGGUAUCUUGACUUUAAAAAGUCUCCUUGAGUAUUUGUUACUUUUAUCAAUCUUUCAAAGUAUGCAUACUGCUUUUAGAAGCAAAUAUGAUUUAUCCGUUAGCAAGAUUUGAAAUUUGACAACUUCCUUUUCAAGUUCUCAUUAUAAUUUUUUCCCUGGGAGCUAUAUCUAGGAUAUAUCAGAAGAGGGCAGUAUGACAUGUUUUUUGUAAAUGUCAGCACUUAGUUAAGAUUGACUUGACGUUUUGUGAAAACCACUGCAAUAUCAAUAUGUUUAGCUACCAGAGCAUAUUACUAUUGGAAGCAUCUGUAUGUAUGUGUGUAUCCAGAAAAAAAUCCGCCGCUAAAGCAAUAAGUCUUACAGCCCUAUCCAGAGGGGCCAGCCUUGCAGGGAUGGCACUGCUGUAGUUCUGUCCCACCCCCUCCAAAGGCAUGGGAAGCCCCAAAAAAGUAAGAAAAAAGGUUCCAAAUCCCCCAUAGGCCAGAAUAGAGAUGCACCACAAUUCUCCACCAGCUUCUCCACUGGCGCAUGGGGCCAAGCUGGGCAGCGGAGGCCAACUAAGGUUGGCCACCACCACUCCCGGCCAUACCUGUGCAGCAUUUUGCAGCGGUGGGUCUGUGCCAGGCCUUCUGGGUCGGGCACUGCAGAGCACAUGGCCACCCUGGUAAAUCGCUCCUCCACUGGCACAUUUGCCCUUUGCGGAAUGGAUACCCAUGUCAGCACAAGGUUGUGCCGGCUUCAGAGGGGAAUUCACCACCACGACCCCCUGAUUGGCCUGCCAAUCAGCUAUACCUGUCUGUGGGGGCACUGGUAGGAAUUAAGUGUUCAGCCCUAGCUGAAUUGUACCCCAGCUGAUGGCAAAAUCCACAGUACUGUAGGCUGCUGAAUUUGCUAAUCUGUUUAUUGCUGAGAAUAGAAUUGAUGCAAACUGGUGAAAGGUUGAAAUAAAUAUAUCCUGUCAUGAAUAGGAUUUUGUUAUUGAUGAUAUCACUCAAAGGACACUGUGUUUUGUGAGUAAUUACGAAACAAACCUGUGCUUCCUGUUCUCUCCUCUGCACCUGACCAUCUAUUGUGCAUCUCUCUUUCCUAGUAAGAAUUGUGAGAUUAUAUUUUGGUGUGGAAUUUUAUUAUAGAUGGAGAGUACACAGUAUAUGCAAAGUGGCAUAUCUUACAUAUGCAACUUCAGUUUAACAAAGAUUUCCAGUGAAUUCUGAGUACUGUUUAUUGUUGGACAGGAAUUUUCAGCAGAAGCAAAUUUCUACAAAAAUGCGUCUGUCAUAAUGCAUCUGAAACAAACUCAGUUUGGAAGAUUGUAAGAUGUACAAUUUUUCAUGCCAUGUGAAAAAUAGCAAUCUCUAUAUUCUUCGCCUUUCUUGGUAGAAAUUGGUUUCCAUGUUCAUAAAAUUCAGUCCUGGCCUUGCCAAUAACUGUUGCGGUACAAGUUGCAACAGUUAGAGCAGUAUCCUGUAAGAGGUACUCUUCACACUCAUUUGCUGAUAAAUGUAGAGGGCAAUACUGGCUUGAUGUCAAUAGAUCAGUAGGAGGACUUUGCAGAACACUUGGUGGAUACAAACAGCAUCAGCCUAUCCUGGACAUACAGGAUUAAAUUUGAGACCACUACUGAUACUCUGGCCCAGGGAGUGGAAUAUAUGCUCAGUGCUGCAGCAAAAGAAUGGGUAUUCCCCCACCCCACCUCCUUUGGUACCUACAAGUUCUGUAGCAAAUGGGACUGUAAAAUGUAUUUCUUAUUUUUGAAUAGGCUUCUAUUCAUGAAUGUCCUCUCCAAAACAGCUGGAGAAGCCUAGUUUAAAGUUCUCCUAUGGAAUGAUCAAUUGCUAUAGCAGGACUUUCUUCGAAGUUUGCUGUCCCAGCAAAUGCUUACCUGAAGAGGCUUGCCAAUAUCUUAUACUACAAGUGUUAAAAUACGGUGCUAAUGUAUUUUAAUUGCUCAAAAGCCAUCAAGCAUUCCUUAACCCCUGUUCUGAUUUUGUUUGUCUAGAACCAUUUUGAAGUGAUUGUCAUGGUAUUGUAGCUCUUGUGUGUUAAUGGAAGCUUGCUUUUAUUGUUCUGAUACUGUUUUUGCAAGCCACUUUGACUAUUUAUACUGGUUCCCUGGGCUAGAAAUAAAAUACAUUUCAUCUUUGAAAA